AUGGCUUCCAGGCGGCAAUAUCCGCAAGCUGAGCUGUGGAUCCCUACAGUGCCAAACUUCCCAUUGUCCUCCCCAAUAACAGAAGAAGUUGCUAGUCCGACAUCUUCAUCAUCCGAUGAGCGGGACAUGGAAAGGCGCCGUCCGUUUGAAUUCCUGUCCAAAGUGACCAGCCGGAACCCUUUCCUUCAGAAAGUCAACUGUACCCAACAUGCAGCUGGUGAAAGCGAUAGGAUUUGUUCCCAGUGCGAUUAUGGAAAGGGCAAUGCCAGUCUCGAGACAGCCGUCACCAAAAAGAAUACCGAACGACCUGUGGGGUUGAAUUUGGUUACGGAUUUCUCAUCGAAUUCCAAUGCACAUGAAAAGGCGUCUGAGCCCUCUCUAGUUGAUCUAGAAGAUCUCAAAAUACUUUCGAAGGAACGAGAGAAGGAAAGAUCCACGCAGAAAUUAAAGGGGAUUUUGAAAAAGAGUAACAAGGAAGGCUCUCACUGCCUCCCAGACGAUUCCUCAAAUUCAACAAUGGGACGACCAGCUUGGUUCGAUAUAAAACCUAGAAUCUCCCCCAAGAAGAAAUUUAAGGAUGACCUAUCGCCAUCUGACCGUCCCAUCAUGAUUGGACUUAGUAUGUCAUUUGAUAGAUCUCAAGACUCACAAAACGGAAAACCAAAGGAACUUGAAAUAGCAGACAAUCUGCGGAGCCCUCUUACACCUUCAAUUAUAGUUACACCGGCAAAGGAGGAUACUUUCUGGAAUAGGAUUGCCCCCGAGCAUCAGCGACCAAGAGCGGCAUCAAGCAUUUACUCUCAGCCCACUCCAUGUUUGGAGAAUAGAGAAACGCCAAUACCACCAGUACCUGCGAUUCCCGCACACCACACAGCGGAAAAGAACGAAAUCAUCAGUCCGAGGUCCCCUCGAAGACAAUCACUAGCCUCAACCAGGAAGCAUCGUUCGUUUUCUGCAGGCACCGUAUUUGAGGAAGAUGAGAUAUCACGACCUGGAACACGAUCUCGAUCAUACUCCAGUAGCAGUGUCAAGAAGGCCUUUGGGCGACUGAGUGGUUUUGAUGGAAUUAGUCGACUAAGCAUCAACUCGGAACUUAAUAGGCACCAAUCCCAAGGAUGGUGGAAUUAUCUUCUCUCGCCACUCCUUAAUCGUUCCAGUACAAUCUCCAGCAAAAAGCCACCCAAGGAUGUAGAUCGACCGCCAGUUCCAGCGCUCAAAACAAAUCUGUCGGAGUCAAGCGAGGAAUGGUGGGAGAAGGAGGUCUCUUGCUUUUCACCCGAAACACCGGAGACAACAGUAGCCAACCGGAGAGACAUGGCCAGCUGGCAAAAUUGCGAAAAGGACCCAUUUGCCGAUUUCAAUUCAAUCACUGACCCCCAUGCGGAACCCUCAGUGGAACUUGGCUAUUCUACAUCGUUCAUGUUCCCCGGACGGGCGAUCCAGGGCUCCGCAGCCGAGUAUUUUCAAGCAUGCGCUCAUGAGCUGUUUAGCCGACGUCCAUACUUUGAAUGCAUCAAUCAUGUCUGUUCAAUUACUCCCCAAGAUCAGAUACCGGUAUCCGACAUCGCCGAUGCCGCUCCAAGUGGCAAUGUUGGGGAAAGAGGACUUCUGGUCGAUGUUGAUGAUAUGCCUCGAUCUGAGAAUCAAGUUCCCAGAAGCACUCCGAUACGUUCAUCUGUUUCAAACGGUUGCUCUUGCGGCGGAUCAGCUGUAGCCGAGGGAUCAGAAGCAUCGAAUCACAGCCCAGAAGUCAAUAACUCCCCCAAAGAAAGCACAUCAAACACGCCAGGAACCGGCUCUCCUGAACCGCAGACCAAAAGGGUGAUCCCGAAAAUAGUGAAUGACAACCAUAUUCCCAUUGUAAACUCACCAGAACCCUCCAAGCUCGAUUCGCCUGCAUCUGAACCGUCUCCCAGAAGAGGCAUCAAGGGGGCAGAGACAGCUGACGUAUCCGAAAGACAACCCUAUAAUCCUUUCAUUCAGCAGACAACUGCCGCUCCUCCUGUUACGCAUGUUUACGUCCAGACUGCGCCUGGUCCAUCACCAGCUCCCAUAGUUUCCACUGAGCGAGCCAUCACGCAAUACAUAGUCGUCCCUCCUAGCCAUGGAGGUCAUGGAGUACAACCACAACCUUCGGACCCUCCCUCACCCGACCUCCAACAAACAAUGGAAGGAAUCGGAUCCAUUCCAUUGUCAGUUAUGCCAAAUGGUCCUGAACCCGCACAUACUCGCAGUCCCCCUGCCGAACUUCCACCACGCAUCGAGCCUCAGCCAAUUACGCGACACGCAAUGACAAACCCGUUUGCAGAGAGAGAAAGGAUUGAAACUCGGCGAAGGAGGCUCGAGAGGGAGGACGCGAUUGGCAAGAAAGCAGGUGGACUAUGGCGCGGCAGAGGCUGUAUCAGCAACAAAGGGUGUUUUGGCCGUCCAGGACGUGAAGGACGAUUGAAACGUCGUUGGUACAUGGCGAUUACUGCAUUCUUCCUGACCAUAGUCAUAGUUGCCGUUGUUCUGGCUCUCGUACUUACCAGGAAGGGUGAUGAAAUGCCCGUCCAGUCUCAAUGGCUGAACCUGACCGGGUAUCCGCCCAUGCCCACUGGCAUCGCAACAGUCGCUGGCCCCGAGGCUAAGGUGCAGAAUUCAGGAUGCAUCACUCCUCCCUCUCUCUGGAGCUGUACCCUACCGAAGGAACAGCAGGACACCAACAAGGGCUAUUCUGCCAAUCAGCCCAACUUCCGCGUGGAAAUACGUUUUCGCAAUGGAACAUAUCCCAACAGCACCACAGUUGCAUCAGACUCUCAUAAAAGCGCAGUAUCCAAGAGAUAUGAAGGACGGUUCGAUCCAUCCCCAUCGCCGCCAGACGUGAAAGACCUGGCCUUCCUUGGAAACACGACCGAUAACAACACCAACCCCUUCGCUGGCGAAGAGACACCAUUUUACAUGACUUUUCUCUCCCCUGUUCCCCUUUUCAGCGUUCGACGAGUGCGCAGAUCCGACAACCCAUUCCCCGACAUUGAUUCCCUAAUUCCCUCACCGGCCGUAAACCCCGAUGGAACAGCCGCCGCAGCGAAUCUCUACCCCCUGCCCAAGUCACAGCCCGUACGACUAUACAACCGCGGCAAGGACAGCGAAUACUACGGAUUCUACACCUACUUCGACCGCUCAAUCUUCCUAGCGUCCACCAGCGCCCUCAACGGCAGCAAAGCCGACGACACACCAGAUGACGCCAACGGCGGAUCCAGCAAGGAUCAAGCGCGGGUGCGAUGUACCUGGGCUCAGACUCGGUUCCUCGUGCAGAUCUGGACCCAAUCCGAGCGCAGUGGCAAGAAUCUUCUCGACAGCAAGACAUCGUCGACCAGCUCCAGUGCCAGUGCUACACCCACUCCUACUUCCACCGAUACCGACACAGCCCGCUCCUCCAACUCGUCCGCAAUGGAUUUCACCCGUCCCGGGUCCUUCCCGUACCCGAUCACCAUCACACUGGAUCGACACGGCGGCGAUGCAAAGAAGAAGAUGGUAUACUGCUACGGCCUCGAGCCGGAUCAGCAUAUAAACUCGACCGACAAGAAGCUACAAGUCGAGAACCGUGGGUUCGGAGGGAAGGUGGUGAAUCCAGCGCCGGGGUUAUUUAACAUUACUGGUUCUUCGUCCGAUGCGGAUUCUGACCUGGGUUUCUUCGAUGGUGUUAUGGCUGUGGCAUGA